AUGAUUCCAUCACCUGUUGGCACCGCCAACAUGCUACGUGUACCAGUGUUACAGCCUAAAUCAUCUUCGCAUUCACGCAGCGAACCCCCUUCUCCAUCCGAGUUCCUGCAACCAUCCUCCUCUGGCGGUCUCACAAAGCCAUAUCGUCAACCUUCAGUAUCACGCGGGACUCCAUUAAUGAACGCUCGUGCGCUUUCAGGAUCCGCAGUACCCACAAAAUCGCGCCCUGAAAAACGCCCCAGACCAUCAGCCCCACUUCCAACCACCGACAGCAGUCAAACCACCCGCGUCCGGCCAAUGCGAACACCGACGCCGCCCCCGGAAAAGCCAAUAGCCAUUCUCCCCCCACCCCUCCCAAAAUCCCUUCAUGCAUUGAAUUCCCAUCCUCCCGCUAUAUUCUCAGGCAACUUCGACCUCUAUGGCAUGUACCUCCCCUUCCUUGUCAAAGCCUACCUCCCGCCGGGCAGCACAUCCCCCGACUACGCCGCAGUCUAUGACACAAUCCUAGCUUACCAGUCCAAGCACGACUAUACCGCCCGGUGCUUCCUUUCGCUCAGCUCUGACACAGGUAGAGCAGAAAGCGUUUCUAUAUUCGAUCCCAUGAUGGAGCGCCCUUUUGACGUGCUGAUAAGCAAUUUGAAACAUCGUGCAGAACUCACGUUCACCUCGAGCGAACGCGCUUCUUUUCUGGCCCCUGAACACAGUCCUGUGUCGCCGGGCGUCAUCGGACAAGCGGGGCUCCCCCCUCAAUGUGGAGUCAAGAACGCAAAGGGAAUAUGGAAGAUGAAGCGCGUGUGGAUUGGGGAGGGCAUGGUAGGAGAGUGUGAGAAUGUUGGUGAUGGAACCACAGUCGAUUGCGUCGGUGAGGCAGCAGAUUCCUCGACGAAAGCGAACGCAGGCAAAAAGACGAGCAAAGCUGUGAAAAAAGAACUUUUUGAAGGCUACUUCUCCUUCAGCGUCAGCUACGACCAGAUGUACAGAAAAGCAGGUCACGGGAGCGGGUCGACUUGUCGGUUUGCGUUUUGGGGUGUUAGAGCGAUGAAGGAUAAUACGGGGAAAGAGAUUGGACUUGGCCCCGGGAAGGGAAUAGGAGCGGGAAUGAGGAGGGCUGGACAUUAGAGUUCUGUUCGUACGUAUACCCCAUGUCUUGAGUUUUCCUCCGGCCUGCAACUCCAGUUACAAAUAGCGUAACAAAAUAUCUUGUGCAUAGAUCAAAUAUCGAUACUUCUGGCUUGUUAUAUAUCAUCGCAGCAACG